AUGAAUCGUGGCUUUUCAGCGAAGCUGUGCCGCAGGUUUUUGGCCUCAGCCGCCCCCGCGUUCAACGACGCCCUCCGGCGUCGGGAGCACGUGGACCCCGCGUCGCUGCCCGCGGACAGGAGCGUCCUGAUCUACAACCAGUUCGACCCCAUCGGCGUCGAGGCCCGGGACCGCGGCGGCCUGGUCGGCGCGACCGUCUGCACCUUCGCUCCUCCCGAGCCUGAGGCCUGCGUGGAGUGUUACAGCCGGAGGCCCUUCGGGGGCGCUGCCUGCGACCGCUGCUUCGAGCAGACUUUUCCUCCUUCUUCUACAUCUUGUCGCUGUACCUGA